AUGGCAGCAAACACCACCGACGCCACUGCCCAGCAGCAGCAGAUCCAAGAGACGGUGGCCGCCACAGCCGCGGCUUCACCGUCCGGCUUCCGCAGCCACCUGCCGGACCUGACGGCGCCGCGCUUCCAGGCCCUCGCGGCCGCGGACGCGCACUCGCACGCGCGCGAGCUGCUCGAGCACAGGCGCCCGCCCUGGCUGCACGGCCUGUACGAGCACUGGAUGCAGCUGCUCCGGGAGCCGUUCCGCGGGGUGACGAGCGACGGCGUGGUCAAGCCCGGCCUGUACGGCCUGCGGGACGAGGGCGUGGAUGUCGCGGCGAUUUUGGAGCGGGCGAGGAGGGUUGUGGACAUGGUUGAAGAGAUUGAUGCUGCUGGUGCUGGUGCUGGUGCAGCUGCAUCAUCUUCAGCAUCAAACAACACGACGGCAACAUCGCUGCUCCGCGACAGGACGGUUCUGCACAUCGACUCGCCCGAGUGGCGCACCUGGUCCAACCCAGAGUUCCUCAUCAGCAACAAGGGCAUCCGGCUCGACGAGUGGCCCGCGCUGCAGGAGCCCGUCAUGGCGGUCCUCAAGGCCACGCUCAGCCCGGAAGGGUACGACAAGGCCGUGGCCGCGAUGCGCAUCAACGCGUUCCUCGGGCAGCUGGUCAACGGGACCAAGGUCAUGAACGAGUGGAGCUACAACUUUGUCCUGUUCGGCGAGCCUGCCAUGUCUUCUUCUUCUCCUGGCAGUGGUGAUGUUGGUGGGUGCAGGCCCUGGGGGUGGGCGCUGUACGGCCACCAUCUCUGCCUGAGCGUGUUCCUCGUCGGCACACAGAUCGUCGUGUCGCCCUGGUUCACGGGCGCGGAGCCCAACAUGAUUGACGACGGGCCCUGGAAGGGCACGCGCAUCCUGGUUCGGGAGGAGGAGCUAGGGUUGCAGCUCAUCCGCAGCCUGGGCAGCGACGACAAGCUGCAGCUGCAGCAGCAACAGGCCAUUGUGUACACGCAGAUGAAGGACCCUGCGAUGCCCAAGGGCCGGUGGAACCACGACGACCAGCGGCACCUGUGCGGCGCGUACCGGGACAACCGCGUCGUGCCGUACGAGGGCGUCAAGGUGGCGGACAUGGAGCCGCGGCAGGUCGCGCUCGUCGAGGGCAUACUGGGCGAGUAUCUGCUGUACCUGCCCGCGCGGUCCCGGGAGCUCAAGAUGCAGGACGUGAGAAGGUGGUAUGCCGAGACGUACUUUUGCUGGAUCGGCGGGACGGGGGACGAGGACCCGUUCUACUACAGGAUCCAGAGCCCCGUGGUCCUGGUCGAGUUUGACCACCACUCGGGCGUGUUCCUGAACAAUGAGCAGCCGGCCAAGUUCCAUAUUCACACGCUGCUGAGGACGCCGAACGGGGGAGACUACGGCAUGGCGUUGAGGAGGCAGGUCACGAGUCAAGUUGAGCAGGGCUAUCUGUGGGAGGGUUGA